AUGACCUCGUGCCGCGUUUCCAAGGAGACGUCAAAAUACUUUGCAGCCUCCGCGACCGCCACGCGCCGCUCAACCCGAGCUUCCCUCGCGCGAUUCGCAUACAAGGAGGACACGGAUUCACCACCCAGCAGCGUUAAAGAUGAGGCGACAGAUUUAAUACUCGGCUCCGACAUCGAAGAUGCCAUAACAACCCCCGCCACAAACACCAACCGACCGCGCCGGGUUACGGCACAGGCGCAGCGGAAGCGAAAACGGGAACCGACUAGCCCGGUAGCGACGACGACGGCAACAAAACCCAAACCCGAUCCGGAGAGGGAGCAAGAUGCUAAACCCCGCCGCGAGCGCAAACCAGCCCGCGCAAAGACGGACCCCUCAACCGGCGCCACGACCGUGGAGCCCCCGUCAGACUGGGAGGAGAUGUACAGGCUCGUCAAGGAGAUGCGCAUCUCGGGGCCGGCAGCCAACGCGGCGGUCGACACGAUGGGCUGCGAGAGGCUCGCGUCCGAAGACGCCUCGCCGCGCGACAGACGGUUCCACACCUUGAUCGCGCUCAUGCUGAGCUCGCAGACCAAGGACACGGUCAACGCUGUGGCCAUGGCGAGGCUGAAGAAGGAACUCCCGCCGUUUGAGGAGGGAGCGCCGCCCGGUUUGAACCUGGAGAACGUGCUGGCCGUGGAGCCGGCGCUUCUCAAUGAGCUGAUCUGGCAGGUUGGGUUUCACAACAACAAGACCAAAUACAUCAAGCAAGCAGCCGUCAUCCUCCGCGACAAGUACAACUCGGACAUACCCGACACGAUCGCAGGCCUCACCUCUCUUCCCGGUGUGGGGCCAAAGAUGGCACACCUAUGCAUGUCUGCCCCGAACGGCUGGAACCGCGUCGAGGGCAUCGGCGUCGACGUGCACGUCCACCGCAUCACGAACCUUUGGGGCUGGAACAAGACCAACAACCCCGAGGCCACGCGCGCCGCGCUCGAGUCGUGGCUACCCCGUGACCGCUGGCGAGAGAUCAACUGGCUGCUCGUCGGGCUGGGGCAGACGGUGUGCCUGCCCGUCGGGAGGAAAUGCGGCGACUGCGAGCUCGGCCUCAGGGGUCUCUGCCGGGCGGCGGAUCGGAAAAAGGUCAACGAAGGACUGAGGCGGAGGGAAGACAUCAAGGAAGAGUUGAUGGUGGAGAAGCAAGAGUUGGUCCUCAAACAUGAGGACGAGGAAAAUGUGGCCCCGAUCAAGGUCGAGACCGUCAAGGUGGAGCACACAAUCAAGGAGGAGGUUGUUGAUGAAGCACCUCCAAUCACGGACUUCCAUCCGCUCCCGACAAGGACACAACGGCGGGUAAGGAGGUUAUAGCGCAAAGCAAGAAAAUACUAACACUAAUAAUGAUCA